GAUGUACUGUAGAAGAUACAAGGGUUCUUCUAGGAUGUAAGCCGUGCCCAUAGCUGGCAACCUCCGAAUGAAUUGGCAGGUGGUUGCACAAUGGAAAUAGGAAAUUGGCACCUGUCGCUGAACGACUCGCAUGGUUGCCGUACCCCGUUCUUUUUGGGGAUUUUCUGCAACAGCAGCCGACCUAUUGUUUCCGCGAUGGUUAUCGACGCGCCUUUUGGUGCAAAAGGAUCAGUAUGCCCCUCACCCUUCGUAUGUCGGUUUCGAGGGCUGGUAUACUCGGAUACAAGACGAAUCGGCGGGACUCUCCAUCAUCCUGAUUUUUUGCUCUCUUGGAGACUCGACGCCAUCAGGUACUCCUCGGAAGCACUAUUUCCAUUUCUCAGUAACACCUAUUGGUGACUCGUCUACUAUCGAGCCGCUCGAGUUCCACUUAUUUCCUGAUGAGCUUCAACAUAUCGUGGACUCCCCGCCCGAUUCAGAGACAGGUUUGCAACCAUAUACUUUGAACAUACCUAAUAUUGGAAGCUUCACUGUGGAGCCAAAGACCCAACGUUAUAAUCUCACCGUCCCAUGCGGAGAAAGCUCUUCCGAGCACUGGAAAGUGUCCAUAGACAUAACGGAUUGUGUUCCAUUAUCGCAGGAGCACCCUCUACUGAGUACUCCGCACAGCAUGGCCCUUUCAAGAUUGGAAACUUUACUUCCAUUGCAUUGGGCAAUUUUCUCAACCGGAUCGAAGGCAAAUUAUGACGUGAAGCAUAUCGACACCGAUGGGGUGGGAUUAGAAGUCUUUGGAGGCACAGGGGUGGCACAUAUGGAAAAGAACUGGGGCGCAUCAUUUCCUACUGGCUGGACAUGGUAUCAGGCAUUCGGUGACCAUCGAGACAAUGCAACGAGAGAUUGUGUUGCCAUUGCAGGUGGUGUCUUCGCUUUGGGUCAAAAGGCAUAUCUCAUCCAUUACAAGGGUUCAGGCGACGCUUGGCGCCCUCGUCGCGAACGUUCGAUACAUCCAAGUUAUUCAGCGAAGGAUCAUGAAAGUACUGAACAUUCUGAUCUUAAUGACAAGCAACAUAUCAACUGGACCUUCCGCCCACUAUGGACUCUGAUUCUAGCACUCCCAUAUCCAGUUGGUAUCCCACGAUUCAAGAUAUCGCGGAAGAAUCUAGUGGCAAAAAAGCCCUCAUUGUCCAAUACCUUUGACUCCUCUGCUAGCCGUGGGCCAACCGCCGUCAGCACAUUGACGUUUAAUUUUUCCGUCCUCGGCCUCCCUGCGCUAUCCCUCAUGAUCCCUUAUGCCGUCAUCCAGUUCUCCCCAUUUGGAUCCAUGCAUGAAACGUUCACCUACGACGAACGCUCAGGAUUCGGACGAUUGCAGCUUACCGCCGCAACCCUUAACAGAUGGAUCCUAGUCGAUGCACAGUCAGAGUCGCGACCUGCCACUCUCACUUCACAAGUACAGCCGAGAUGGCUUGUGCUGCAUUGCCCAAUGCCUGGUGGGCAUGCCACACAUGCAUACGAGACAUUCACAGCAAGGGCAACGAUAAGAGCCUACAGGCGCCAGUGGAGAUUUGGCUGGCCACGAUGGGUCGAAAUCAGGCACGUCGAGUUGAACACACGGCAUUGGAGUUUGGAGGAUUGUAUGCUGCGAUAGCAUGAUCAGCACCUCAAUAAAUCAGAGACGCCAAUAUGGGAUGAGCUUAUAACUUGCGGGAAAACUGUGCCCUUCCAGUUGCAUAUAUUGGACCCUGGCUGCUCACCUUCUAUAACUUUAUUCUAAAUUGUGCAGAUGUGUUAUUCUGUAUGCGGGGGUCAGAUGGAGUAUAUGGCUCAAUGACCACCCCUGGCUGAUGCUGGUACGUUGAUGUGUCAGGUUCUGAACACAAUAAACAGUUGGAU